AACCGAGAUGUAGACAGUGAGAGAGGAGAGAAAGAGAGAAUUCUCUCUUUUUACGCUUACAUCUCUGCUAUAUAUCGUCGUCGUCGGUCGAGAUCGGUCGUCGUGGUAGCAAGUUUCUUGAUUAUCGUCGUAAUCAGUAUAUGCAGAGUGCGGUGUGAACGAGUCAGGAUUUUAGCCAACUUGUCGAAAUUUUCAAGUUUCAACUGAGAACGAGAAAAUAACGAAAACAACAACAAAAACCAUUACUAAAAAUUGUUUCAUAUAGCAACAAACCGAAUGCCACAAGUCAAAUAAUUGAUUUUUAAUCUUUUAAAAUUUUAGUUUUGUGAAAAGCAUCAUUGGAAAAGAAUUUGUCCUAAAUUGUUGUUGUUGUUGGUGAUUGUUAUCAUCAUCAUCAUUAUCGAAAUGUGAUCGUUGAGUCAAACAAACAAGCAUUUUUGUUUUUUGUUCUGUUUGGAUAUCGACAAUUUGUGGGCAACUUAAUUAAAAAUCAUUCAUUCAAACACAAUGGACGAAUUUAUCGGCCUUUCUACAGACGAAAGUCUUAUGUCAAAUUCCAACUCAAGUCUAAGUGUAAUUGGUGUUGGUGGAUUAUCAGGCGAAAACGGCAUUAUGAACGGUCUUGCUAAUGAUCGUUGUUGUAAUAUGAAUCAAAUAUUCAUACGUAUGGCUGAAAUGGAAAAAAAAUUGGCCGACCAGUGCGAUGAAAUUGUUUGUUUGAAAAGUACAUUGGCCGAUGUAUUACGACGAUUGAAUCAGCUUGAAGGACGUGCAAUCGUAACAACAUCAUAUCAUCAUUUAUCACCGACUAGUCAUCAUCAGCAGAAUAAUGGCAAAAAUAUUUUCAAUAACAACAAUCGUGGCAAUAUGUUUCGUGCUAAAAAUUUGUCAUCCUUAUCAUCGAAUGGUGCAAAUAAUUCAUUGCAAUCAAGCAAUAAUAAUAAUGAUCAAAUGACAUUCAAUACUCGUCGUUAUCCAUCAUCUACCUCAUUACAUUAUGACCACACAUCAACGCCACAAUCCAUCAAUAAUCACCAUCAACAUUAUCGUUCGAUAUCGUCGAUGAAUCAUUCGAAAUCAUUGAUGAGAAUGAAUUCCGGUUCGAACCUGAAAUCCAUGAAACGAUGGUCAGCCAGCCAGGACAUACGUUUUCAAUCGAUUGAUCCCAAUAUCAACAAUCAAAAGGAUUUCUUCUACAAUCAAGUGGAAGGAGUGAUAAAAUAUAAUAUUUGUGAUCGACAAAUACAAAUCCAUAUACCUACAGAUUUAUUGCAAACAUAUACCAUUAAGAAUGUAACCAGUCCACCAUUACAACGAUUGAAAUUGGAAUGGGCAUAUGGCUAUAGAGGACGUGAUUGUCGACAUAAUCUAUACCUGUUACCGACCGGCGAAAUCGUCUAUUUUUUGGCAGCAGUGGUUGUCCUGUAUAAUAUUGAUGAUCAAAUUCAACGUCAUUACAAUGGCCACACCAAUGAAAUACGUUGUUUGACUGUACAUCCUAAUAAACUGUUAAUUGCAACUGGACAAAGUAUUAGUCAUGAUUGUCGAUUGGAAAAAAGGCCACAUGUUCGAAUAUGGGAUUCGGUCAGCCUGAACACUCUGCAUAUAUUGGGACAACAGAAUGGGGAAUUUGAUCGUGGCAUUAGUUGUAUAACGUUUUCCAAAUUGGACGGCGGAAAUCUUCUAUGUGUGGUGGAUGAAUCCAAUGAUCAUUUACUGUCAUUAUGGGAAUGGCAUAAAGGAAUGAAUGGACAUAAAAUAUCAGAAGCAAAGUCAACAUGUGAUCCAGUAUUGGCUGCUGAAUUUCAUCCGAUUGAAAAAAAUUUAUUAAUCACUAUUGGCAAAGGCCAUAUUCAUUUCUGGGAUAUCGAAGGUGGUUCAUUAGCCAAAAAAAUUGGAUCAUUCGAGAAACAAGAUAAACCAAAAUAUAUUCUCUGUAUGACGUUCAAUGAUGUUGGUGAACUAUUAACCGGUGAUUCGAAUGGUAAUAUUAUCAUAUGGCAGCCAAAUACUGGCCGUAUACAGCGAACUAUUUAUGAUGCACAUGAUGGUUCUAUAUUUGAUAUUUGUGCAUUGAAAGAUGGUACCAUUGUUACCGGCGGCGGUAAAGAUAAAAAAAUUAUCGAAUGGAAUGCCAAUAUGAAUCGUACUGGCCGAGAAGCAAAGCUGCCCGAUCAAUACGGUGGUGUGCGAACGUUGACUACCGGUAAAGGAUCAAUGUUGAUUGUCGGUACAACGAAAAAUUGUAUUCUACAAGGAACAAUGUCAUUGAAUUUUUCAUUGGUUAUUCAGGGUCAUACUGAUGAGUUGAAUGCAUUGGCCAUACAUCCCACACAGAAUCAAUUCAUAACAGGUGGUUAUGAUAAAAAUAUUCAUCUUUGGGACACCAUGUCUCAUUUGGUUGUAUGGAGUAAAGAUAUUGGCGAGGCAGUUCAUUCAUCAUCAUUUUCUCCUGAUGGCAGUAUUCUAAUUUUGAGUACCACCACCAAUGGACGUUGGAUGGUGUUGGAUUCGACUACACGACAACUAAUAUCAAUGCAUAACGAUGGUUCAGAUUUGAUUGAAUGCAUUAAAUUUUCGCCAAAUGGACGUUAUGUUGCGCUUGCAUCUCGUGAUAAUAAUAUCUAUGUUUAUCAAGUUAGUGAGGAAUAUCGCAAAUUCAAUCGAAUUGGCCGUUGCUCUGGUCAUACAUCUUACGUAAUCAGUAUAGAUUGGGAUACAUCCAAUACCUAUAUACAAACAACAUCCAUUCUGUUCGAGCAUCUUUAUUGGAAUGCCUCGAUUUGUCGACAAUUGAACAAUGUGUCGAUAGCACGUGAUCUAGAAUUUGCUACACACAAUUCAAUGAUUGGUUUCAAUGUGUUUGGUAUUUGGCCGGAUAAUAAUCUAUCGAUAGGUCCAUUCAUCAGCAGCACUGAUCGUUCGAAUAAUAGCAAACUAUUGAUUACCGGUGAUGAUAUUGGUCGUUUGAAUCUAUUUUCUUAUCCAUCUUGUCAGCCAAAAUGUUUACAUCAUUCAUAUUCCGGUCAUACUGCUACCAUACAGACUGUGAGAUUUUUAGCCGACGAUAGCCGUGUCAUUUCGAUUGGUGGUAAAGAUUCAGCCAUUCUACAAUGGUCCGUUUCAUAAAAAAUAUUUUACAUCAUUUUUUUUGCUAAAAGUAAAAAUUAUUUAUUCAUUUUUGA